AUGGCGGCAGACAAAAAAGAAACGACCGGCGGCGUCACGGUCCCGCCGGACGGCCUGACGAGCCAGGACACCACCACGACCACGACCACGACCACGACUACGCUGCCCACCAUGCGCGUCAUCGGCAUCCUCAUCUCGCUCAUGCUCGCCGUCUUCCUCUUCGCCCUCGACCUAACCAUCCUGGCCAACGCCGUGCCGGCCAUCACAUCCACCUUCCACAGCCUGGCCCACGUUCCGUGGUACGGCAGCGCUUUCUUCCUCACAUCAGCGCCGGCCCAGUGCGCCUACGGCAAGGUCUACUCGCACUUUGACCACAAGCGCUCGUUCCUGGUCGCCGUCGCCGUCUUCGAGGCCGGCAACCUCGUCUCGGGCCUGGCCGUCAACAGCCCCAUGCUGAUCGCGGGCCGCGCCCUUAGCGGCGUGGGCGGCGCCGGCAUCAUCACGGGCGCCUUCACCAUUAUCGCCAGCAUCGCCCCGCCCAACAAGACGCCGCUGUACAUGGGCAUCCUCGGCGGCACCUUUGCCAUCGCCAGCGUCGUCGGCCCGCUACUGGGCGGCGUUUUUACGUCCCGCGUCUCUUGGCGCUGGUGCUUUCUUAUUAACCUACCUAUCGGCGCCAUCGCCGUCGCCCUCUUCGUGUUUCUCUUCCGCACUCGCUACUCGGCGUCCGCCAUCCAAACGCCCCUCAACACCCUACCGCUACGCGAAAAACUCCUCCGCCUCGACCCGGCUGGCAUCAUGCUCGUCGUGUUGGGCCUGGGCUGCUUCACGCUCGCCAUGCAGCUGGGUAGCGAGGCGGGUGAUUGGCACCAGCCGGGCGUCAUCGGCAGCUUCGCCGCGUCCGCCGCCGUCCUCCUCUCCUUCACGGCGCUCGAGUGGCGGCUCGGCGACCGCGCCAUGGUGCAGUACCGCCUACUGCGCCACGGCCUAAUCGCCGGCAACGCCACCGUCAUAUUCUUCAUCGCCACCGCCUACUUUCCACUCACGUACUCGAUGCCCAUCUACAUGCAGGCCGUGCUGGGCGCGUCAGCGUUCGACAGCGGCAUCUGGACCAUCCCCUUCAUCCUGGGCAUGUCCAUCGUCGUCAUCGGCGUCAACAUGACCAUCCCGCGCUUGCCGUGGGUGCUGUGGCUGGUCGCCGGCCCCGUCGUCAUCACCGCCGGCGCCGCGUGCCUGUACACCAUGGACCUCGAGACGCCGCUCGCCCGCCUGCUGGGCUUCCAGCUGCUGACGGGCGCGGGCAUCGGCAUGGUCCUGCAGGUGCCCAUGGUGGCCAACCAGGCGCUGCUGGCGGGCACCGACGACGUGCCCGCCGUCAUCGGCAUGACCCUCUUCUCCGAGACGGUCGGCACCGUGCUCUUCAUGCCCGCGGUGCAGGCGUCUCUCGUCGACGCCCUCGUCGCCCGCGUUGCCGCGUCGCCCGCGCUGGCGGCUGCUGGUGUCACGCCGCGCCGCGUGCUCGAGGUUGGCGCCGAGAGCAUCCGGGAAAAGAUUCCGGAGAGCCUGGUGCCCGAGGUGCUGGCUUGCUACAUGGCUGGUGUCCGCGUCGCGUUCCUGAUUGAGCUGGUGUGCGCCGCUACGUGUUUGUUUGCCGCCGUGAUGGUUCUCGGCAUGUACCUGACGCAGAGACACCGCAAACAAAAUGCAUGAGUUUGUUCGCAGGACGGGGGAGGGAUCUUAAUUCUGUAUUCAACAAGGUAAGGAAUGACAGUCAACCAGGUCAUUCGGGCUUGUAUAAAAGAACUACAGCAAUAGAAUUUAUCUAUUAAAGUGAACUGCGACUUGUCCUCGCACCGUCCACGCCUCAAAUAUUUUGCGUUUGUA